GUUGAGUUCGGUCCGAAUGUUGAUCUUCAUGUCUCUGACUUACAAAGAUGGACAGACAUUCACCAAUGAAGAUGGUGGUCAAUCUUGUCUCCAUCCCCUUUGUUCGACACAUACAGACAUCCGCCAACGACGAUGGUGUUGACAGGACCCAGUGCGAGUCAGAAUGAUCAAUCCAAGCGCCCGCUCGACUGUUAAGAAAGACAUAUGAUCUCGCCGUCUUCUACAUGGCCGAAGCAUCCGCUGUCUUUGUUUGCGUUGACUACCCUAUCCUUCGUUUUCCUGGAAGUGGCAUCAACGACCUGCCUGCUUACAUAUCAUGGGGCUCGCGGAGAAAUACUCGAUGGACGGGCAGGAGCCCCGGCUUCCACCCAUAGCCAUCAUUGGCAUGUCAUGCCGUCUUCCUGGAAACGUCUCCACCGUCGAAGACUUCUGGCAGAUGAUGUCGAGAGCACAGUGUGGGUGGUCGGAGAUUCCCGGAGAGCGCUUCAACACCGAGGCCUAUCACCAUCCCAACCCAGCAAAGAAGGGGUGCUUUAACGCGAAAGGCGGGUAUUUCUUGUCACAGGACCCGGCCCUUUUCGAUGCACCAUUCUUCAAUCUGACGAGGCCAGAGGCCGAAGCCAUGGAUCCCCAACAGAGGUUGCUGCUCGAGUCCACUUAUGAGGCCCUUGAGAACGCCGGGAUUCCCAAGGAGUCACUGAUUGGCCGAAAGGUGGGCGUCUUCGUGGGAGGCGCAGCAUCUGAUUAUGGGCUCGGCACUCUCCGUGACCUUGACAACACGCCCAUGUUUGAUGCCACAGGAAACCACCAAUCUAUCCUAGCUGGGAGAAUUUCGCAUUUCUUUGACCUCCGAGGACCCAGCGUCUCCGUGGACACGGCUUGUUCAUCCAGCCUUCACGCUCUGCAUCAAGCCGUCCAGAGCAUCCGCAACGGCGAGUCAGAGCAGGCAAUCGUGGCAUCAUGUCACCUCAACCUGCAGCCUGGCAACUGGGUCUCCAUGAGCUUGAGCCGCCUGUUCUCCGACGAAGGCCGCACCUACAGCUUUGACAGCCGCGCCAAGUCAGGCUUCGCGCGUGGAGAAGGGGCCGGGUGCUUGAUCCUCAAGCCGCUGGAGCAGGCCAUCCAGGAUAACGACAGCGUUCGAUCCGUGAUUGUAAACACGGGGACGAACCAGGACGGGAGGACGAUUGGCUUGACGUCACCCAACCGCGAGGCACAGGAACAGCUGAUGUGCGAGGUGUAUACCCGUGCUGGCAUCGAUCCGGAAGACGCCGGCUUCGUCGAGGCCCAUGGCACAGGCACCAAAGUGGGAGACCCCAUCGAGGCGACCGCCAUCUACAACGUCUUUGGGAAAGGCCGGACACCCAAACAGCCCUUGUACCUUGGUUCGGUGAAGAGCAAUAUCGGCCACCUCGAAAGUGCCAGCGGCAUUAUUUCGGUCAUCAAGAGUAGCCUCAUGCUCGAGAAGGGAUUCAUUCUACCCAACAUCAAUUUCGAGACUCCCAACGAGCAGAUCCCGAUGGCGAAGUGGAAUAUCAAGGUGCCAACGAGCCAGAGGCCGUGGCCGAUGAAGAAGAAAUACAUCAGCUGCAAUAACUUCGGGUUCGGCGGGUCCAAUGCCCACUGCGUCCUAGCGAGGCCGACCCGUCUGCUUGUCAAGCCCCAGAGCGUCGAGGCGGCGGACGACGCUGCGCAGCGGCAAAGGCUCUUCGUUGUCUCUGCGAACGACGAGGCAGCGGCUACCAAGUCGAUGAACCAGCUCAUCAUCUUCAUCGAGCAGCACCCGGAAGUCUACCAGCAGAGACUCAUCUGCGACGUCGCAUACACGCUCGGCCAGCGACGAUCCCACCUCCCGUGGCGUAUCGGCGUCGUGGCAUCGUCCUUGGGCGACCUCGCUAAGAGCCUCAGCGCAGGCGAUGUCAAGCCGAGCCGCGCGUCGGUGCCGCCGAGCGUGGCCUUCGUGUACACGGGUCAAGGCGCGCAGUGGCACGCUAUGGGACGCGAGCUUAACAAGUCACACCCCGUAUUCGCCAAUGUCCUGCAAGCCGCGGACGCUUGCCUGCGGGAGCUUGGCGCCGACUUCUCCCUCGUUAAUGAGCUGGACAAGGCCAAGGACGCAAGCCGCGUGAGUCAAGUCCAUAUCAGCCAGCCGGCGUGCACCGCGGUGCAGCUGGCGCUGACUGCGCUGUUGAGGUCAUGGGGCAUACGUCCCGUGUCCGUGACGGGCCACUCGAGCGGAGAGAUUGCGGCGGCCUAUGCAGCCGGUGCGCUAUCUCUAGAGACCGCCAUGGCCGUUGCCUACUUCCGCGGCCAAGCUGUCCUGCGCCUACGCGAGAAGCACGCGGACCUCCGAGGCGCCAUGCUGGCCGUCGGUACCGGCGCGGACGAGAUUGCGCCGACGGUCAAGCUGCUGCAGACCGGCACGGCCGUCGUUGCCUGCGAGAACUCGCCGCGCUCCGUCACCGUCUCGGGCGACGAGUCAGCCGUCGAGGAGCUCGCUGCUCAAGCGGAGCGCAUGCGGCUCUUCCACCGCAAGCUCCGCGUCGACGUCGCGUAUCACUCGCCGCACAUGAAGCUCGUGGCCGGACAGUACCGGGAUUUUAUCCAGGACGCUAGGUCAGUCGCUGGAGAGGGCGUGAGAUUCUUCUCGUCCUUGCAUGGCCGCGAAGUGCGGGACGUCACCACCCUCAACGCCUCUUAUUGGGUCGACAACCUUGUCUGCCCCGUCCGUUUCUCGACGGCCUUGCGCGAACUCUGCUCCGCGGCGGAGGCACCGGACGUCAUUGUCGAGGUUGGACCCCACGCCGCACUCGAAGGUCCCAUCAAGCAGACCCUCCAGGCCAUGUCCGACCUCCCUUCCCCUCCUCGAUACCUUCCCACCCUUGUCCGCGACAAAGACGCCACGACGACAAUGCUCAACCUGGCAGCAAGCCUGUACACGGCGGGCCAACCGCUGGAGUUUGCCGCGAUCAACGGCGAGGACACCCAGCCGACCCGCCCGUCCCUCGUCACCGACAUGGCCCCGUACCCCUGGUCCCGCCAGCGCUACUGGUCCGAGUCGCGCCUGUCCAGGCAGCACCGGCUCAAGCCCUUCCCACGCCACGACCUCCUGGGCACGCUGACAGACUCGUCCAACCACGACAUCUGCCCGACCUGGCGCAACGUGCUCCGCCUCGACGAUGUCCCCUGGCUGUCCGACCACCAGAUGAUGGGCCUGACGACCUUCCCGCUCGCCGGCUACGUUAGCAUGGCCGUCGAGGCGGCCACCCAGCGCGCCACGCUCCGCGGCCUAACGCUAGCCGCUGCCAAGCAGCGUUUUGUUCUGAGGGAGGUGCAGGCCAUACGCCCGCUACUGCUGUGCGACGGUGGAGAGUACGAGCUGGUGACGUCUGUGGCCGCGUACGCCGAGGGCACGCGGUCGUACUCGGAUAAGUGGGACGAAUUCCGGAUUUGCUCGUGGGAAGAGGGCAAGGGGUGGACGGAGCACUGCCGCGGCUUGAUUGGCGUGCGCGGAGGAGAGGGCAACGGGCGAGGCGUAGGCGCGGCGUCGGCAUCGAGAGCAUCGCGGAAAUUUUGCCACGCCGGGGAACUGUGCGGGGACGGGAUCGCGCCGGAUCUCUUCUACCAAGAGCUGGAGCAAAAGGGCGCUAUCUACGGGCCCGCGUUUCGCGGGCUGCGCGACAUCCGGCGGGGUGCGGACCGCGCGGUGGGUGUUGUGGAUGUUGCCGACACCACGUCGACUAUGCCGUUGGCGCACCAGUCGCCGUACCUCGUGCACCCGACCCUUCUGGACCAGGUUAUUCAGCUUUCUCUCCCCCUCCUCGGCGCUGGGCGAGGUGGCAUGAAGACGCUGUAUAUGCCAAGCGCAAUCAGGGAGCUGCACAUCGGGACGGGGGUGCCUCGGCAAGUCGGCCAGUCUCUCCGCGUCGCUGGUGGCGGUCCCGUGGCGGCGCUGGAUAGGCCGCGCCCAACCGACUUCACGUUACACGCCUUUCCCUCGCCUGAUGGGGAAGCGGCGCUGAGUAUCGUCGGUCUCCGGAUGAAUCCAGUCAGGAACGAAGCGGCUAGCAACGAUGCUCCACGGGAGCUGUGCUUCCGGCUGGAUUGGGAGCCGGCACCCGAGAAAACAAGUGCCGAAGAUGAACGCACCGAGGUCAUCGGGAGCGACCUGAAUCCCAUUCUGCUGCCUGCUAUAUCCAUCAUCACGGAUAGACCGGCGGUAGAUGAUCUCGUGCGCGCCUUGUCCUCCGCCCUUCUGACGCGCACCGGCCAGCGACCGUCGUUCGUAGCUCUCUCCAGCUUGGGUGAGAUGAAGGACAACGCCUACGUCGUGCUGAGCGAGCUCGACCGACCUCUCCUUCCCGAUCUGACACCUGAAGCCCUGAGCAGUGUACAGACCCUCCUGCUCCGCUCGGCGGGAACGCUGUGGGUCACAUCGGGUGCAUAUAAAUCCUGCACCAACCCGACCGCGAACAUGGUCUCCGGUCUCCUCCGGACCGUCCGCUCCGAGACGGCAGCGAAGGCAGCUACACUAGACCUUGACCCCGACUCCACGCUGUCAGACACGUCACGCGCCGAGCUGAUAUUGCAGGUCCUUGAACGCGUCUUCCGCCCCGGAGACGGCAACGACGACGUCACAACAGACAUGGAAUACGCCGAGCAAGCCGGCAGCCUCGUCGUGCCGCGCAUCGUCACUGACGACGCGGUCAACGAACACAUCCAUCGAGAGCUGUACCCCUCUGGGCCGCGCCUCCAACCCCUGGAUGCCCGAGCGCCCCGUCUUCUCCAGCUCGACAUCGGGACGGUCGGCGCUCUGGAUACGCUCUACUUUGACGACGCCCCCAACGACCGCCCGCUCGGCGAACACGAGAUCGAAAUCCGCGUCGCGGCGACCGGGAUGAACUUCAAGGACGUCGUCAUCGCCAUGGGCCAGCUGCCGCACCCGGGGUACCUGGGGGUCGAGUGUGCCGGUGUUGUCUCGCGCGUCGGCAAGGCCGUCUCGCACCUGGCCUACGGCGACCGGGUGUGCGCCAUGACGGAGGGCGCCUACAGCACAUUUGCGCGGUGUGCCGCCACGAGCGCCGUGCGGAUUCCCGACGACAUGGCCUUUGAGGAUGCCGCGUCCAUCCCGGUCGUGUACGGCACCGCGUACUACGGGCUGGUGGAGCUCGCGAGGCUGACCGCCGGCGAGAGGGUGCUGAUCCAUGCUGCGGCCGGCGGUGUCGGACAGGCGGCGAUCCAGCUGGCGAAGAUGGUGGGGGCGGAGAUUUUUGCUACCGUGGGGAGCCCCGAGAAGAAGGCGCUCAUCAUGGAGCGAUAUGGCGUUCCGGAAAACCGCAUUUUCUCCAGCCGGGAGACCUCAUUCGGACCAGCUAUACGUGAAGGGACGCGGGGUGUCGGCGUCGACGUUGUUUUCAACUCGUUGGCGGGCGAAUUCCUGCGUGAGACGUGGGAGUGUAUCGCGCCCUUUGGACGCUUCAUCGAGAUCGGUAAGCGCGACAUCACGAGCAACACGCGUCUCGAGAUGGCCAGGUUUGACUGCAACGUCACGUUCAGCUCGGUCGAUCUGACCCUCGUCGCGGCGCAGCGGCCGGCCACCAUGGCCAGGACGCUGAGCGCCGUCAUGGCCCUCGUGGCGGCCAGGGUGUUACGCCCCAUCCAGCCGAUCACCGUGGUUGGGCUGGGCGAGGUCGAGAAGGCUUUUCGGCUGCUGCAGAGCGGAAAGACUAUGGGAAAGCUGGUCGUGGUGCCAAAGCCGGGCGAAAAGCUCCGAGCGACGGAUCCCAAGCCGGACGCAGCACUCUUCCACGCCGACAUCACCUACAUCAUCGUGGGCGGCACUGGCGGCCUCGGCCGUUCUAUCGCGCGGUGGAUGGUGGCACAGGGGGCGAGAAACCUCGUUCUCGCCUCCCGCAGCGGAGGGGCCGACGGCGCUGUCGCCGACCUGGUCAACGACCUCCAGCAGACCGCCAAGGCAAACAUCACGGUUAAGGCGUGCGACGUCGCCGACGCCCGCAGCGUCGAAAACCUGAUGGCGGAGUGUCGGGAACAGCUGCCCCCAAUCCGCGGUUGUGUCCACGCCGCGAUGGUUCUCCGCGAUGUCCUCUUCGAGAAGAUGACGCAUCCCGACUACUCCGAGGUCAUCCGGUCCAAAGUUCUCGGCGCAUGGAACAUACACACCGCGCUCGCCUCGGCCCCGCUCGACUUCUUCAUCGUCCUCUCCUCCGUGGCAGGCAUAGUCGGCAACCGCGGCCAGGCCGCGUACGCGGCAGCCAACACCUUCCUCGACGCGCUGGCGCGCCAUCGCCGGCGGCUCGGCCUGCCAGGAACCUCCCUCGCACUGACGGCUGUGCAGGACGUCGGAUACCUCGCCGAGGAAGGCGCAGCGCGCCAGGCGGUGGUGGCGCAAAACCUAGGCGGGAGCUUCCUCCGCGAGGCCGAGGUGCUUGCGCUGCUGAAGGCCGCCGUACAGGGCAGGCUCGACAUUGGCGGGGGCCACUGCCUUACCGGGCUUGGGCUUGCUGCCGGUAACGAGGUGCCCUACUUCGCCACGGAUGCCAAGUUCCGACGCCUGAGAGACGCCGUCAUGGCUUCUGUGGAUGCAUCGGAGCCGGGCGGCAGUCCGAGCCUGUCGAUCGAGAAUGCCCUCGCCCGGGCGUCGUCGUCGAAGGAAGCGGUGGGUGUCAUCGUGACUGGGCUUGCGGCGAAGCUGGCUACCAUCCUGAUGAUCCCUCCGGAGAGCAUUGACCCGUCGCGUCCGGUCACGGCGUACGGCCUCGACAGCUUGAAUGUAAUUGAGUGGAGGAACUGGAUUACGAAGACGUUGAAGGUAAAUUUUCAAGUGUUGGAACUGCUGGCUGCGGGCUCGUUGACCAAUCUGGCGGCGUCGAUAUGGAAGAAGAAGGCGGCCGUGUGA